AUGAAAAGGAUACUUGCACAACUUGACUAUGUUCUUCAACAGCUCGCGCAAGAGUUUGAUGUUCGACUUGCGGAUGUUGAGAUCAUUAGCCCCUCUUAUUUUCUCGAGAUACAGGAAUGGAACAAGACAAUACCACCCAUCGUCGACGAAUGUAUGCAUAUUCUCAUCCAGAACCAAGUAACUGCCCGAAGAGAGGCUGAUGCCGUUGUGUCAUGGGAUGGCCGGUAUACCUACACCGAAUUGGGCGAUGUUACUUCAAGACUCGCGCAUCGCCUAGUCAGUCUUGGUGUGGGACCUGAGGUCGUGGUGCCUCUGUUCUUUGAAAAGUCGAUUUAUACUGUUGUAUCAAUGUUAGCGGUUCAAAAGGCCGGUGGAGCUUUUGUCUCAUUGGAUUUGACAGCGCCUGGCGCUCGUCUCCACUCUCUCAUAGAAGCAACUGGAGCAAAGCUUGUUUUGGGUUGCCAAUUUCAGGCACACAAGAUUGAGGGGAAAAUUCCGUCUCUAUUGAUCGUCGAUGGUGCUCUUAUUGGCUCAUUGCCACAAUCCCCGAGAGCCCUUGAGACUGGUGUAACACCAGACAAUGCUGCAUAUCUGCUCUUCACAUCCGGAUCUACAGGGACGCCAAAGGGGAUCAUCAUCGAGCACCGUGCUAUGAAUAUGCUUGGGGUCAACCAUGCAUUCCUCACUCCUACUGUCGGAAGCUUAUUGAAGCCAGACGACGUUCCCAAUUUGAAGGUUCUCAAGCUCGGUGGUGAAGCUCUCACACGUGAAAAUCUCGCACUUUGGGCAUCGAGAGUCAGACUUUCGAAUUCUUAUGGAGUAGCUGAACGCGCAAUUCGAUCCGCAUUCAAGAAUUAUUUGAUGCCAGAAGACAAUUUCGCCAACCUUGGAAAGGCAGUUGGGUGUGCUUUGUGGAUCACCAAUCCUGCGGAUCAUAACAAACUAUCACCUAUCGGAUCUAUAGGAGAGCUGCUCAUCGAAGGAUCGACGUUGGCAAGAGGAUAUCUUGCAGAUGUUGCGAAGACGGAAUCUUCAUUUGUUAAAGCCCCCAAAUGGCUGAAGUUCGCCUUCCCAGGUCGAAGUGAGCGUGUUUACAAGACCGGAGAUCUGGUGCGUUAUUGUUAUGAUGGUUCGCUGGAGUUCGUGGGUCGAAGCGAUACGCAAGUCAAACUACGUGGUCAGAGAAUUGAUUUGAGAGAAAUCGAACAUUUUCUGAAUGCAACCCCAGACGUCCGCCUCGCCUCAGUUCUUAUACCUACUUCCGGAGAGUUCAGUGGCAAUCUUGUGGCAAUUAUAUCCUUGAAUGCAUAUCUCGAAGAAAAAAGCAUCACGGAUCUCAACUCGAUUCAGCUGCUACCAUCAGACUGGAGGCGCACUGCCGCCGAGUCAUUUACUAAGUGCGACGACUUUCUCGCAGAGAACCUGCCGACUUACAUGCUGCCAAAUGCCUGGAUUGCGGUCGAAUUGAUACCAAUACUGCAAUCUGGAAAGAUGAACAGGAAAAAGCUGCUCAACUGGGUAGAAGACAUGGAGAAAGACGUGGCCCACAAUGUUAAGAUGAUACGAAUCAACGAGGACGUGGACGCCGGUCCGAUGGUACAAAGAGAGCUUGAGAUACGUUCAAUCUUUGGAUAUGUUCUCAAUAUUCCUGAAGCUAGCCUGGGCCCAAAGACAUCCUUUUUCCGUAUAGGAGGCGACUCUAUAUCUGCUAUGCAAAUUAUGACCCUUUGUCGUGCUAAGGGCAUACAAUUGACUAUGCAAGAUAUCCCGAUACACAAGACAAUUGCUCGCUUGGCCACCUCGACAACUGCUGAUAGUCAAUCAUCUCUCGACUUGUCUACGUUGACUGAAGAAUAUGGUGUGCCACAUCAAUUAUCGCCAAUUCAAACUAUGUUUUUCGAUCUCAUGCCAGAUGGGAAUAAUUUGUAUGAUCAGAGCUUUUAUCUAAAGCUGAAGUUCAACUUGUCACCAAAAAGGAUCUCAGAUGCAGUUACUACGAUAACCCGACGACACUCCAUGCUCCGUGCCGUGUUCAGCAAGUCCGGUGAUGGCUCUUGGGUGCAAACGAUUCGUCCUCCCGAAGAGAAAGUCCAUUCAUUCCAGUCUUACGAUAUUUCAAGACCGCAAGACGCUCUAAGUGUUAUUGAUAAGUCACGAAAACUUGUGGAUUUUGAGAAGGGUCUGACAUUUGCACUUUCAUGA